UUCAAAACCUGUUCAAACAGGAAUGGACCAUUGGGCCAUUGAAGGCCAAAUUUGACACUUCGUUUUAUUCCACUUCAAAAGUUAAAAGUUAGUAAUAAUAAUUAUUUAAUCAAUUCUGUGGACAAGUACAGGUAAUCAAGAAUGAAGAUCAAUUGUAACAUUGAAGUGGUGAAUAGAGCACUACCUGCUCCAAGGAAAAAAGCACAACGAUCUUGUUUAGCUAUUGCAAGACAGUCGGUAAAAAAUAACGAACUGCAUCUUCUCCUUCAACAAACUACACAGAAUAAAUUAGGAACUAAAUACAAGAUUGACCAGAAUAUUGAGAAAGUCUUCACAAAAUUCGUGAACAAUGGAAAGGCAACGAUUCGGUUUAAGGAGCCUCCGCACGACCUAAAUAUUCAGUGCGAUUCCAUACUGUUGAAGAGUUUUCUCCGCACGUUGGAACUUGGCCUAUGUAAGAAACUGGAUCCUUCGGUACUCGGUGUAUCCAAUAUGAAUCCAAAGAACAUUGUACAAGCCCCGAAGACUAAAGUUACCAUCAAGACGAAGGCAGAUUAUCCAGUGCUGCAAGGUUUUCCAAGAACCACUGAGGAAUUAAACAUCGUUGGCUUAGAGAGAAAAUCAUUUGACCGUCAGAUAUUGAAACUGCAAAGCCUGCGAGUGUUGAAUUUAUCCGACAACAAAAUAACGUCCUUACCGAAAGAGUUGUCUGCAUUACCGUCUCUAACUGAAUUAAUUGUAUCCAACAAUUCACUUGGAAGUGGAGGAAAUAAUAAAUUCGGUUGGAUGGGUGAGGGGAACCUCUCCAAAACAUUGAGGCUCUUGAAUUUGAGUGGAAAUGGACUAACUUAUCUACCAAAUCAAAUAGGAAAACUGAGAAAAUUGGUGACAUUGAAUGUCAGCUGCAAUGCCUUGACAAUUCUUCCCACAAGUAUUGGAACUUUAUCAUCGUUGAAAUAUCUAGAUGUAUCACAUAAUUCUAUAGACUCUCUCCCAGGGAGUCUAAUGAAGUUCCGUUUAGAGAGCCUCAACAUCGCUCACAAUCCCGAAAUUUCUCAAACCAGGCUUCAACCCUUUGCUGUGAAUUUCGAUGUAUCGAGCCUUACACAGUUGGGAGCACAGAAGGUUUUACACUACAGACUGCCUUAUGAUGCAAGCACCAUACCAUUUACCCUGGUCCCAUUUUUGGAUAACGCAGCAUACUGCAUAUGCGGUAAAGCUGUUGUGGGCCGAUAUAAUUGCCUGGAGACAUCCAGGAAUGUGAGCCGAAUAGCAAAAGAAGUCACUGCCUCAGCGGAUACCAGUGUUUCGUUUCGAUGUGUCGUAUGCUCUCAUGAGUGUGUUAAAGGUCUGUUAUUUCCGCGAUAAUCUUCACAAAUUCUUAUGUAUUUAUUUAUUAUAAUAAUAAACUUAUUUUUCUACGUUUUUAA